CAUAACUGAAAAAUAUGACAAACUUAUUGGUGCCACUCUCUGACUCCCAUGGUGGAAACCGAAAAAAUCUGUGGAAAAUACCAUUUUCCAAUGUGGUGAUCACACGAACUAGGAACUAUUUUUUGGGUCGAAAAUGGCAAGCGGUAGACAUCCAAGUGGCAUCAUGGUUCAUUUUUGUUCAUUUACUUGCCCUUUUUGCACCUUUUACAUUUACUUGGGAGGCUUUUUGGAUCGCAUUUGUUGGUUACAUUGUCACGGGAAUGCUAGGUGUGACCCUCUCUUAUCAUCGACUUUUGUCCCACCAUAGUCUCAAACUUCCCAAAUGGCUCGAGUACAUAUUUGUUUACUUUGGGGUCCUAGCCUUACAGGGAGAUCCAAUAUUUUGGGUGAGCAUCCAUAGAUAUCAUCACAAAUACGUGGAUUCAGAUAAUGAUACACACUCGCCCAUCAACGGGUUAUGGUUUAGUUAUGCGGGUUGGUUUUUUGACAAUGAAUACCUAGUUGAAAAGUAUCAAGAACGUAACAACGUAGAAGAUUUAAAAAAUCAAACAUUCUAUAUAUUCAUUCAAAAAACAUACAUGUGUCAUUUGCUUGGAUGUGGUGCGGUAUUGUAUGCAUGGGGUGGAUUUACGUACGUCGUUUGGGGCAUGGGUGUUAGGAUUGUAUGGAUUUAUCACCUUAUGUCCCUCAUAAACACCAUUGGCCACAUUUGGGGAAAGCAAGCUUGGAAUACCGGUGAUCUCUCCAAGAACAACUGGUGGUUAGGAGUGCUUAUCUUCGGAGAAGGAUGGCAUAACAAUCAUCAUGCAUUUGAGUAUUCAGCUCGACAUGGAUUGGAGUGGUGGCAAAUCGAUUUUACUUGGUACAUCAUACGGUUUCUUGAAGCUGUAGGUUUAGCAACCAACAUCAAAGUACCGACCGAGGCCCAAAAGCAUAAAAAAUCCUUUGAUACUUCUUAUAAUCCAUAUAAAUGAUCGAUCGUUUUGUACGUAACAUUAAGUAUAUAUUUAAAUAAAAUAAACAUCUAUAUAAAAUUACUUUUAUAUGGAUUACUUUAUACAAAUGAAAAUAUACUUUAGAGAUUUAUUUAAUUUUGCAAGUCUUUUGUUGAUAUGUAUCCCUUAAAAUUAUGUUUGUUUAAUUUUGAUUGAAAAUAAAUAUAUAAGUGGAAU